CAUGGCAGGGACAUCAGAGAGACAGAGAAGCGGAAUGGCAUCGGACGAGAAGCUGGGGCGGGUGACGUCGGACGGACUAGAGCCAAUUACGAGCUUUGAUGAGAUGGGGCUCAAGGACGAUGUGCUUCGAGGCAUCUACCAAUACGGCUACGAGAAGCCCUCCGCCAUCCAGCAACGGGCGGUCAGGAGCAUUAUCGGGGGACAUGAUGUGAUAGCGCAAGCGCAGUCGGGUACCGGCAAGACCUCCAUGAUUGCCCUAAGCGUUUGCCACUUGGUGGACACCUCCUAUCGAGACGUUCAAGCGUUGAUAUUGUGCCCUACGAGGGAAUUGGCGGCACAGACUGAGAAGCUGAUCUUAGGGGUUGGAAACUUCAUAAACAUACAAGUGCAUGCUUGCGUUGGAGGAAAAAGUGUGGGUGAGGAUAUCAGAAAGCUUGAGCAUGGAGUUCAUGUGGUUUGCGGAACUCCUGGUAGAGUCUUUGACAUGAUCAAGAGGAGAACUCUGCGCACUCGAGCCAUGAAAUUAUUAGUUCUUGACGAGUCUGAUGAGAUGUUAAGCAGAGGGUUCAAGGAUCAGAUUUACGAUGUCUACCGAUAUCUUCCACCGGAGCUCCAGGUUUGCUUAGUUUCUGCUACACUUGCUCAUGAAACCUUGGAGAUGACCAAGAAGUUUAUGACUGACCCUGUGAGGAUACCUGCCCAACGUGAGAUUUAAAAAUAACUUAAUGUAUUUGGGUAUUGGUCGAAUUCAAGUUAGUUCCUGCAUUCCAUUAUUGCAA